UAUGAAACUCAAACAAUCAUCAACUCUUCCUAUUAACAUUCAAAAAAUAUCUAAAAGGGAGCUAAAGAAGGAGAAAAUUCAACAAGGAGAGAAAGCUUUGGAGAGACUCGCAUCUCUUAUAGAUAAACCUUUCAGAUCUCCUACUGAUCACAUUAAUCAGCUUAAAGAAGAAGAAAAAGAUAAAAACAGGAAUAAGAAUGAAAUAUAAAAAGAAUAGUGCUAGAGUCAGGAAAUAUUAGAAAAUUCUUUAACAGAUCUCCAAAGACAUCAAGGAAUAUUAAUGCAAAUAAAUUUCCUCAACCUGGAUCUUUCGCCUCAACAGCUCAGUUCAAGUCUACAAUUGACAAGAACUCGCCUUUGUUUGAGAAAGACCAGAAUUUUGUGUAUCAAUCCCCAAGGAACAAGAACUCAACUAUAAAACUGAAGGCCAUAAAUACUGUACAGAAGGAGCCAUUUGCUCUUGAAGGUUUUUGCAGAUCAUCUGAAGGCAAACGUACUGCUCUAUUCUUACAAAGGACCAAGACACAUGAGGUAGAAAAGCCUAAGGUAUAUAAUAAAGUCCAGAACCAGGCAGAACAUUUAGAUAGGAUAAAAUAGAGCAAAAUCAAGAGUGACUACAGUUUAUAAGAAGAAAGGCUUAUUCAAGUCGCUCACCAAUAGAUCUCCUCUUCAGGAUAAGCUCUCUGAGAUUAAGGCUAUCGAUACUGGGUUCAAAGUUAACCAUAUACAGAGAGCUAUGAAAAAGAUGCAACAACAAGAGAACCUCUCAAUGGCCCAGAGAAUCAAUGAGCAAGCUGAUAAUGAUAAUUUCGAAAGAAUUUGUACAGAAAUGAAGCAUAUCAGAGUGGACUAUGGAGCCAGAAGAGACCAGCCCAAACAGGAAGAUGCCAAAGCUCGUAGAAGGAAGCUUAAGAAUCUGUACAAACCUAGAGAAGUCCCUGAAGAAUUACUAGAAAGACCAAUUGAUAUGUUCCUAGGAGUGAGGCCAGACAUAGUAUGUGUGAAUAAGAACACAGAGAAAUGGAUAGAUAAGAGAAAUCCUAAGUAACAAUAGAGCAGCUACGAAGAAAACUAUUCAAUUUGCAAAGGAUCUAUUCCUUAGCUGGGAUGAUGACGGAUCUGGCAUAUUAGAGGAAGAAGAGAUUGUACAUCCUCUUCUAUCCUUAGGGUUAGCCUCAGACUCUGCCUUCGCAAGACAACUGAUAUCUACACUAGAUCCUAAGGCUAACAAGCCAGGCCAUGAUGAAUACGAGCUUACUCUAAAGGACUUCGUAAAAAUAUUUAGUAUUGAUAAAUUCACACAGAAGAUGACCAAUAUGGUCAAGAAAGAGUCAAUGGACACUUUGAUGGAAGAAUUUAAAGAUAAAGUCAAAAAUGGAGACAUUAAAAUAAAAUACAAGCCUAAGCCAAGGCUGAAUGAAGGGAUUCCUUCUUCAAGGCCAUCAAGGAGGUGCUCAAAUUGGUCGAACUGGUCAGACAUCACUAAAUUUACUCAAAGGUAAUAUUAAUAAGUUCAACAUAG